UUUAUUAGACAGAUAUAAUCCAUUUAUAACUGUGGCAGGUCAUAUGCCCCUACGGCCUUACCUCUCUCAACGUUCUCCAUUGAAGCGCAGUCGACGUUCUCCGUUGAAUCUAAUACUUGUGUUCCCCCAUUGAAGCAGCUUCUGAGGAUCACAUUUUGGACUUAGCAUUAAGUGAGUUGCUGCCAUGAUAGGAAGUGCCCGUGUUCGGCUUAGUGGUUGGCAGCAGGCUGCAGUUGCUCUUGGUUCAGCUGUUGGUGCACUAGUUGAUCCACGAAGAGCUGAUCUCAUAGCAGCCUUGGGAGAGACUACUGGAAAGCCUGCUUUUGAAAGGGUUCUUGAAAGAAUGAAAACAAGUCAAGAGGGUAAAGCAGUUCUCUUGGAAAGGCCACGAGUUAUAUCUGCAAAUGUUGGGCAUGCAUGGGACCUCCCUGAAAACACAUUUGGGGCUGCAUAUGCCAAGUUCAUGGGAUCAAGGAAUUUUUCACCAGAUGAUAGACCACCUGUACGGUUUUUGGACACUGAAGAGUUAGCAUAUGUGGCUAUGCGGGCUCGAGAGGUGCAUGACUUCUGGCACACUCUCUUUGAUCUUCCCACAAACUUAUUGGGUGAGUCAGCUCUGAAGGUAAUAGAGUUCCAACAAAUGCAUCUUCCAAUGUGCUUCAUGUCAGUCAUAGGAGGUACAGCAAGAUUCAACUCUAAACAGAGAUCACUUUUCUUUGAGCAUUACUUACCCUGGGCCUUGCGUGCUGGAAUGAACUGCACUGAUUUGAUGUGUAUAUAUUAUGAGCGCCACUUCGACGAGGAUCUGGAUGUUAUUCGGAAAAAAUGGGGGAUCAUUCCUGCUCCUCCCCUUGUUGCUAAGGUUAAACGUUCUGCUCCGUUGAUCUAAAUGAUAAGCGGCAAGACAUGCCCAUGAUAUUUGUUAUUCAUUCUUCAACAUGUGGUCACCUGGUCAAGAAGGAUCGAUAUGAUGCAACUAUGCAGGAUAUGCCAGGAAAAGAAGGUUUAACGGUUGUAGCCUAUCUGGUAGAUUUUGCCCAAUAUCUGCUUCUUGAUUUGUUGGUCAUCCUUUGUAGUUUGUAGGAGGGCCAACAUCAUGUGUACUUGCUUAGUUGCUUUAGUACGAGGAAUUAAGAUCUUCGGGAUCAAUUUAGAUGAAAUGGUUCACUACCACUUUUCUUUAAAGGAUGGUAAGUACCAACUGCCAUAAUAAGGGUGGAACUUAUCAAGGGAAGUUUACUUGUUAUGUACUCCAAUACUCCCUUAAUUGAAGUAUAGGAACUACGUAUUGUAAUUCUUAGGCAUCGUGUUGGUUGCAGCAAUAAAUAUAUGAAGUAAUUUUUUUUUUUUUUUUUUUCAUUUUA